AUGGAACAUGAGUUGCUGGAGUGUCAGAAGGAACUCGAGGAGAACAGGGCAGAAUUUGGUUCAGUGAAAUUGGAACGAGACAAGCUGCUCCUCGAUAAAGAUAAACUCCAGUCCGAGCUGAAUGAGCUUCGUCAAGGAGCGCGUGAGCAAGAUGAUGGUUGUGAAAGCAGCCAGGCGGAUAGCUCGGAAAGCAAUAUUUCACUAUUGUCAGAUAGAGGCAUGGAGAUAGAGCGACUGCGCGCGACGGUCUACCAGCAAAGCAUAGAUGAGGAGAAAAUACGGACCAAGCUCGAAGCCGAAAUUGCCCAGUUACAGGCCGAAAUGAAGCAACGUGAAGAGGACAAUCAAAGAAAACUGGAGGAAAUGACACAGGUUGGUGAAAAGCCAAAAAAAUAA